GCCGUCAGGGUCAGAGGGUGGAAGCAGCAUAUCGGAGUGUUCGUGUCUUAGUUUAUCCAUGAUGUAGCUUCACAAACGCCAUAAGAAAUGAACGACAGGAUUGCGGCCAAGAGCUUCGUAGCGUUCCGUUGCAUCCCUCGGUCGAGUUGAGCCCCUAGGCGUUUAGCUCGCUGGUGUGGAGGACAGUGUGAGUGAGUGAGUGAGUGAGUGAGUGAGAGAGAGAGUGUGUACUGUGGACUAGUACUAGUCUAGUGUUGUUAGCCGAGUAGCUAAGAAGAAGGACGGGAGAUUUUCUGUUCAUUUCAAUUUCUCUAAAACCAUGGAGGGAAUUCUCUACAAAUGGACGAACUACAUCACUGGAUGGCAGCCUCGCUGGUUUGUGUUGGACAACGGGAUCCUCUCCUACUACGAUUCGCAGGACGACGUGUGUAAGGGCAGCAAGGGCAGCAUAAAAAUGUCCGUGUGCGAGAUUAAAGUUCACCCCACUGACAGCGCGAGGCUUGAGCUCAUCAUCCCGGGAGAGCAGCAUUUUUACGUGAAGGCGGUGAACGCUGCAGAAAGGCAGACGUGGCUCGUCGCGCUGGGCAGCUCCAAGGCCUGCUUGAUAGACAACAGAACGAGGAAGGAGAAAGAUAUCACAGAAACCACAGAGUCCCUGAAAACAAAGAUGUCUGAGCUGCGGCUGUACUGUGACCUGCUCAUGCAACAGGUUCACACCAUACAGGAGAGUGUGGAGCAGGAUGGCGCUCAUCCCUCUGCCAGCACUGAGAACAUGAAUGACGCCUCUUCUUUGUUAAGUGCCACUUGCAAUACUUUUAUCAAGACGUUAGAAGAAUGUAUGAAGAUUGCAAACGCCAAGUUCAAAACAGAAAUGUUCCAGCUCAACCCUCCAGACACGGUGAUGUCGGCGCUCUCUCCGUCCCCCGUGCAGAUGGUCCGGAUGAAGCGCUCCAUCAGCCAUCCCGGCACCUACAGUUUUGACAGAAGCAGCCACUCGCCCAGCAAGGCCCUGCCUUCCCUGCAGAGGCUCUCUCAGCGCCGAGGCCGUACCUCUUCGGAGACAGAGUCGCACAGCGACGGCUACGCGUCUCCCUGUGAAAGCGACAGGACAGGCCUGGUUCCCAGAGCGAAUGUCAACGGCGGUCCUAAAGACAGCAUCCCGGAAGAGACGCGCUCCAGUUCACGGGCAUCAUCCCAGCUGCACCCCUCCGUCGCACCUCCGUCGCUCUGAGCGCCGCUCUGCUAGUUUGAAGUGGACUGUGUGGGGAGCCACUGCCUCCCAGGAAGUGCGUAUUAUUUCCUGAUGAAGGAUUCCUUUGCACUUUAGCAGUCAUGUUUUAAAAAGAAAAAAAGAAAACUCAAAAUGUUUGUACUCUUCCAGGUAUUUUUGUUAUUUAUCAGUAUGACAGAAUCCAGAAGAGGUGGUGUUUCAGUAGAUGAGGAUGAAGUAUUUUUGCCUGAAACUUGUAGACAGUAUGAUGGGUCACACUUUAGCACAUGUGUAGAUAUCAUGCCAAGGACCAAUGUGAACACGUUUGUUUCUUUGUUUUGUACUUCUUCCCAUGAUUGGAAUGCUCCAGUGCUUAAUGUGUUGUCAUGUAGCAGGCAUGUUGUGUAUUUAAAUGUUGCGAUCACACUGUUGAUUCAAGCCACCAUGUAAAAUUAUAUUUGCCUUAACAUCGAGUCCAAGAGGUCUUGUUACUGUAGCAGACAUUUGUUAGUUUCUCUAAACAAAGGUACAUAUUGUAGAUGAGGCAAAAUGUA